GAGAGAGAGAGGGAUAAUCACGUCUACUCCAGAGCAAUGACCAGAAGAUAACAGACUCCGAGUUCCAUGCCUUGAUGAACUUUCUAAAUACGCGACUCCGUCCUUGCCACAAGACAGAACACAUAAUCCGGUGCUUCAAAACAGGGGCUGCGCGGUCCACGUCUGCAUGCACUUCGGUUGCGUCUUUUACGCAGCGCGCCUUGUUGAAUAUAAAAACGCCCGCAGUUGCAGAUGUGCUGCCUUUUUGAAGUUUGCAGUCCGUUACGUGGCCGGCCGCAUGCCUUUUAAAGCAGCACUGCGCGCUCAAGCAACACAGCCGAACAAAAGCUUUUGAAUGAAUUCAAUGAUCUGAGAAGUGCAGUGGGGAUUCUCAUGGAAAUCAGCGCCGCCAGAGCUGGAGGGGACCGCGAGGAGGGCACAGCGCCGGACACUAACAACGGGAGUGCGAGCGCGGACUGGAGAAGAGGACGAAGCAGAAGAGCGCAGGAGCCCAAAACUCGGUUGGCGAUGGAGGGGCGGCUCGGCUCCUUCCUCUUCUCACUGGGAGCUGUUCUUGUGGUCCUUGCAGGAAUCUGUGAAGGCAGUAAAGUGAACCACUGCCUUGCUGCACGUGCCACCGAUUGCACCUCAUGUGUCCAGGCUGGAAAAGACUGCGCUUACUGCAUUGAUGAGGAUUUUGAAUAUCCCCGUUGUGACCUGCAAAGUAACCUGAAGUCCUACCAGUGCAUGAACUCGGUACAAAUAAGUAGUGAAUAUUCGAUAAUAAAGGAAGAGUCCAUCAAUACACAGCUGGUCAAGACGCAGGUGUCGCCCCAGCAGAUGAAGAUGCGCCUGCGUGUGGGCGAGGAGAGGAUAUUCCAGAUGAAGGUUUUUGAACCCCUGGAGACACCCGUGGACCUCUACAUCCUUAUGGACUUCUCCAACUCCAUGUCUGACGAUCUGGAAAAUCUCAAAAAAAUGGGGGACAGUUUGGGUGAAUUGGUGGGAACACUGUCCCGGGACUACACUAUUGGAUUCGGAAAAUUUGUCGACAAAGUGACGGUUCCGCAGACGGACAUGAGGCCUUCCAAGUUGAAGCAGCCCUGGCCCGACAGCGACCCUCCAUUCUCCUUUAAGAAUGUAAUCCGCCUGACCAGCGACAGCAACACAUUUCGUCGGGAGCUGGAUAAGGAACGUAUCUCUGGGAAUCUCGAUGCCCCUGAAGGAGGGUUUGAUGCUAUCCUGCAAACGGCCGUUUGUAAGGACCAAAUCGGCUGGCGUGACCAGAGCACCCACCUGCUGGUGUUCUCUACCGAGUCCGCAUUCCACUACGAGGGAGAUGGGGUCAACGUCCUGGCUGGGAUCCUAAAGCGGAAUGAUGAAGCCUGCCACCUGAAUGCCGCAGGGUCCUACACUCACGACAUACUGCAGGACUACCCUUCUGUCCCCACGUUGGUGCGGCUGUUGCAGGAGAACAAUAUUAUCCCAAUAUUUGCGGUGACCAACCACUCGUAUUCCUAUUAUGAGAAGCUGAGCCAUUACUUUCCAGUGUCGGACAUCGGUGAACUUCAAGAAGAUUCAUCCAAUAUCCUGGACCUCCUGAAAAAAGCCUUCACGAACAUCCGCUCCAAGAUCAGCAUGCGUGCAGAAAACAUCCCCAAAGCAUUCAAAGCGGAGGUGCUGUCUCAGUCCGGACAGAAGACAGAAGCUGGAACUUUCAAGCUGACCCCGGGAGCGGUGGAAUCUUUCACGGUGAAACUGCAGGCCCAGGAGAAGGUGGGCGAUAAGCAUGUUUGCAGUCUCCCCGCCGAAGACCAGUCGGGGAACGUCCGCAUCAAGCCCACCACCUUCACGGACGCCUUGAACGUCGACGUCGGGGUUUUGUGCACUCGGUGCCCCUGUGAGCAGAAUAGGGUUACCAAUGCCAGGAAGUGCAAUGGCCAUGGUGACCUGGUGUGCGGCCAGUGCCAGUGCUCUGAAGGCUGGAUAGGCCCCUUCUGCAACUGUUCUGCCAGGACCGUAGGAGACGACGCAGCCUGUAGAAUGCCCAACACGACGUCCGUGUGCACCGACCGUGGGGAAUGCAUAUGUGGCAUUUGCCAGUGCCACUCUUCCGGAAAUCCGCUAGAGCGUUACGAGGGCAAAUACUGCGAAUUCAACAGCCUCCAGUGCCAACGCUUCGCGGGCUUCCUCUGCAAUGCUCGUGGCCGGUGUUACAUGGGCCAGUGUGCCUGUGAAGAUGGCUGGGCCGGCGAUGCCUGCGAGUGUCCAACGAGUAACGCCACCUGCAUCGACAGCAAAGGGGGCAUCUGUAACGGCCGUGGCAUCUGUGAGUGCGGGCGCUGCAAGUGCGAUGACAGCAAGGGGCAGUACAACGGCGCGACCUGUGAGGCCACCUUCAUGGGCCUGCUGGGAGUCUGCGAGGACACGAGGGCCUGCGUCCAGUGCCAGGCCUGGCAGACGGGAGAGAAGAACGGUGAGGCCUGCAAGGAGUGCGGCUUCCAAAUCCAGAUGGUGGAUGAGCUGAAGAAAGCGGAGGAAGUGAAUGAGCGCUGCAGUUUCCGAGAUGAACACGAUGACUGCACCUACCACUACACUGUAGAUGGCACUUCAGAGAACAAGGACAUCAUGGUCCGCAAAAAGAAAGAUUGCCCCCCGGCUGGAUUUCUCUGGCUCAUUCCCCUCAUCAUGUUUUUGAUGUUGCUCUUGGGACUCCUGCUGUUGUGCUGCUGGAAGUAUUGUGCUUGUUGCAAGGCUUGCCUGGCCAUGCUUCCAUGUUGUGCACGAGGUCGCAUGGUGGGCUUCAAAGAAGACCAGUAUAUGCUGAGACAGAGCCACCUCACUUCGGAUUAUCUGGACACGCCUAUGGUGCGCACCGGACCCCUCAAGGGGGCAGAUAUUGUGAAAUGGAAAAUCAACGACAACGUUCACCGCCAGGGUGCCGUCUACAACCAGGCGACAACCACCAACCCCAAGGACAUAAUUCCCUACGGUGUGUCACUGCGUUUGGCCCGUCUCUUCAUGGAAAACCUCUCCCGGCUGGAUAGUCGUGAAACCGACCAACUGCGACAUGAAGUGGAAGAAAAUCUGAAUGAAGUGUACAAACAGAUCCCAGGAGCACAGAGGGUCCAGAGGACCAAAUUCAGGUUGCAGUCAAAUGCAGGAAAAAGGCAGGACCACGCCAUCGUGGACACGGUCCUUUCUGCCCCUCGCUCGGCUCAGCCAGACAUUGUCAAGCUGACUGAGAAGCAGGUCCAGCUGGGCAGGUUCAACGACCUGAAGGUUGUCCCGGGUUACUACACCGUGGCGUCUGACAAAGAUGCUCAGGGCCUGGUCGAGUUCCAGGAGGGUGUGGAGAAUGUGGACGUGCGGGUGCCCCUCUUCAUCAAGGAUGAAGACGAUGACAAAAAGCAGCUUCGAGUCGAGGCCCUGGAGGUGCCCCAAGGCAUCGCUGAGAUUGGACGUCGAUUUGUCAACAUCACCGUCAUCAAGGAACACGCCAAGAGCAUCCUGUCGUUUUUGCAACCGUCCUACACGUACAGCCGGCAAGAGAAGGUGGCGACAAUUCCAGUGGUGAGGGAGAUCAUUGAGGAUGGCCGCACGAUGGUCACGUACCGUACGCGGGAUCUCACGGCCAAAGACAAGAAGGACUACAAAUCUACUGAGGGAGAGCUGACCUUUCUGCCAGGAGAAAAUCAGAAGAAUGUCAAAGUGGACCUGCUGGAGCUUUCGGAAAGCGACGCUCUGCUGACAGACAAGCAGAUAAAGCAGUUUGUCAUGGACCUGACCAACCCGCGAUACGCGGCCAAGCUGGGAAAAUAUCCACGGACCACCGUCACCAUCACGGACACGCCAGAGCCUGCAGUGGCCAUGUUUAAGAAAGGCUCUCAGACUUUCUCCACGCGGGAUCAGCUUUACACCAUCCCGGUGGUGCGAACCCGAAACCCAGAAGGACCCGCCACCUUACACUGGCGAACCCGCAACGCCUCCCGCUUUGAGCUGUCCAGUCCACUCAAGUUUGGCCCUGGGGACACGGAGAAGAAUAUCGUCAUCGAUCCGAACGUUCAUCCUGGCCCCAUUAAACCCGAGACCUUUCAGGUGGAGCUGUUUGACCCCAGUCCUAACUUGGUCAUCGGGGAAAGGAAAAACACUGUGGUUUCCAUCAUGCCACCAGAUAUGCUGGAAUCCCAGGCCAUAUUACAGAACCAAAGUGUCAGCCCGCGUUCCCCCAGUGGACGUCUGUCCGCGCCCCUGAACGUCAAUGCACAGGCCACAAGCGCCAAGAACAUUCGCAUGACGUGGGCCCCUCCACCUGGAAAGCCCAAUGGAUACAAGGUCAGGUACUGGAUUCAGGGUGAUCCGGAUUCAGAGCAGCAGGUUGAAUGUAAAAGCCCCGCGGUGGACCUCAACAAUCUCUACCCCUACUGCGACUACGAGAUGCGCGUCUGCGGUUACAAUUCAAUGGGUGAAGGCCACUACUCGGACGUCGUGCACUGCCGCACAUUAGAGGACGUUCCAAGUGAGCCCGGACGCUUGGCCUUCAACGUAAUGAGCUCCACCGUGACUCAGCUGAGCUGGGCAGAACCUGCCGAGACCAACGGGGACAUCACAGCUUAUGAAGUGACCUACACACCCAUAGACGAGGACAACAAGCCAAAUGGACCCACGAAGACGGUCCGAAUUGAUAAUCCCAAGAAGAGAAUGAUCCUGAUUGAAAACCUCAUGGAGUCGCAGCCUUACCGCUACACCGUGAGAGCACGCAAUGGGGCAGGGUGGGGCCCUGAGAGAGAAGCCACCAUUAAUCUGGCCACACAGCCCAAGCGGCCAUUGUCCAUCCCCAUCAUUCCCGACAUCCCCAUCGUGGACGCCGAAGGCGGCGAAGGCUACGAUAGUUUCCUCAUGUACAGUAACGAUGUCCUGCGGUCUCCAACGGGCAGCCAGAGGCCCAGCGUUUCAGACGAAGACCAACUGAUGAACGGCAAGUGGGACCAAAGCUUCCUCUACUCCGGGGGAGGCUCCCUGACGCGGACGACGCACACCAAACACAUUCAGCAGCUCAGCCCGAGCAUGCACACCGAGACCCACAUGAUUGGAGGAAGAGGCGGGGACCACCGUGACCAAGGGGUAUGCCGGCAUGUUCCAGCCUGGCCAAGACAUCUCGGGCAGGAGCCUUCACAGGAUGGAAGACGUGAUUCUCAGGAAGCGCACUGAACUGAAAGGGUACUAUGGAAAUGAUGGCAUGAGGGACUCUAUCGUCAUGGCUGAUGAACCUUUGGGGUUCUCGGACAACCUAGGUAUAAUGGGGGCCCCUCAAACUGGAAUGCAUGUCUUUCCUCUCGAUCACUAAUCCCUUAAUCAUCCUCGUACAUCCCUCAUCCCCACCGAGCUCAGCUCUAAAACCUAAUCGUUGUAACCAGAUCAUGGGGUCUGCCCUCACUAAUUACAGUCCCCCUCACACGGCGAGCUGACUUUCCCUUUCCUGAUUGGUCAGGAGUGUGUCGUUCUGCACGGGGGCGGCUGCACGGCGGGCGUGAAUUGGUUGGUGACACUGUAGGCUAUUCACAUUUGGUCCAUCUUACCUCCUUACUCACCCACUACCAUGUGGCCUACUAAACAGCAUGCUCUUUUUCAUGGUCAGCAUGAGCAUUUCGCCUUCCUCCUCCUCCUCCUCCUCUUCUUCCCGCCUCCUCCUCUCAAACACACACAGGUGGACAGGGUGCGGGAUCGAGUCCGACUCUCGCUUGUUUGUGUACAGCACGUCAUGCCCUUCGCACGCUUUCUUUUCCUGU